AUGGCGGAACCGACUAUGGCAGAUCUAAAGGACUUGCCCGCCGGCUACACCUCAUCCAGAGAUGUAGGCGAUGUACUCGUAGGGCAGGACGACGCUCGCCGUCUCAUUGAAACAUGCUCGUCUGGCGACGACACAGCUUUAUGGAGUCUGCUAUCGCAGCCACAGCAUAUCGAGACGCUGCUCAGUAAGCCGCACACCAUAUAUUAUAAAGACCCCUCCCGUGGGAAGGUCAUGGCAAGACCAAUCCCGAAUCUUGAGCGGACCUUGAUGGUAGCGGCUCAGAAUGGCCACGCUGCUGUUGUGACCGCACUACUUGCCUUCGCCACAGAGCUUAGCAUACCCCUAUCCGAUAUCGUAACGAGAGACGUCGUCAACAAGGCCAUCGAUGGUGGCCACGCCGCUGCCAUCGAGGCACUGGGCGCCGCCUACCCGAAGGUCACUGAGAUCCGCAUCGGCCACGGCCACGAGCGGCCACUCUACGAGGCCGUGAGGCGAAGGAAACCAGAUGUAGCUGCCGCGUUGCUCGAGCUUGGGGCAGAUCCAUUGCAUCCCGUUGCGCCGGGCUACAAGAAACUCGGAAACUUUCGCUCGUCUCUGAUGUCUUUCGCUGCCAUGAUUGAGGGUCCGCGCACGACUGAGAUGCUGUUGGAACGCGGAACGCCUAUAGCGGGUACUGCUGCGUUGCAUACCGCUGCGAGAUUCGGUCAGCUCGAUACUAUGCGUCUGCUGAUAAAGCAUGGCGCGGACUUGGAGGAGGUCGUUCCGGGCUGGAAGGGCUGGACACCGAUGCACUUUGCUGCCUCGACUGGCAAAGCCGAUGCCAUGAAACUGCUGGUGGAACAUGGCGCACGCAUAAACUCGAGAGACGAGGAUGGGAAGACGCCUAAGCAACUGAUGUAG